AUGGAGUAUCGAUAUUUAGGCAACUCGGGCUUAAAAGUGAGUGUACUUUCUUUAGGUUCUUGGAUAACUUUUGGUGGACAAAUCUCUCCUGAACAAACUACUGAGAUUGUAAAGACAGCAUUAGAGUUAGGUAUCAAUCACUUUGAUGUAGCAGAAAGUCACUCUGGCGGACAAGCCGAAAUCGACUUGGGUUUAGCCUUACGAAACCAACCAGGACUUCGACGCUCGGAUUAUGUCCUCUCUACCAAGGUCUUUUGGGGAGGUAAAGGACCUAAUGAUAGAGGAUUAUCGAGAAAGCAUGUGUUUGAAGGCACCGUGGCUUGCUUACAGCGACUACAAUUGGAUUAUGUGGAUAUACUGUAUGCACAACGGCCAGAUCCUGAUACACCUAUGGAAGAGAUUGUGCGUGCAUUCAACUGGUGUAUUGAUAAAGGCAUGGCUCUUUAUUGGGGGACAAGUGAAUGGCCGGCUUAUUUGAUUACAGAAGCAAUGCAUGUAGCUGCCCGAUUGAACCUAAUAGCGCCCAUUACAGAAUCACCACAGUAUAAUAUGCUGAAUAGAGAGCGAGUAGAAAAAGAGUAUUUGCCAAUGUUCCAGAAAUACAAACUAGGUACAUGCACAUGGUCACCUUUAGCCUCAGGUCUAUUGAGUGGGAAAUACAAUGAUGGCAUCAUUCCUCCCUAUACGCGAUUCUCCAUCCAGGAUCAUCCAGUGAUCAAUAGACUAAGAGCAGGAUUCUUUAGUGAAGAAGGAAGAAGAAAAUUGGAAAAGAUAAAGAUGGUGUGUGCUAUUGCACACCGACUAGGAUGUACACCAGCACAAUUAGGAAUUGCCUGGUGCCUGAAGAAUGAGAAUGUAACAUCAGUCAUCAUUGGUGCAUCUACACCUGCACAGGCUAGAGAGAACAUUAAAGCGCUGAAUAUUCGUCAUUUAUUAACAGAAGAUGUGAUGCAUGAAAUAGAUAGAAUAUUAGGCAAUAAGCCUGAAAGUGUAUUUGACUUUAGAAAAUCAUAA